CCCGUCGGCCCAAUGGCAGCUCGGGAGCAGCGUUGAUGUCAGCGUUGACGUCCUCCGGAUUCACCUCUAGUGCAGCAGCCAUGCUUCGCUCUUUCGGACGCCUCCAGCGGUUUAACUACAACCUCCGGACUUUGCAGCAAGUUGGCGUCGAGUGCAAAGGUGCAAUAAGUAACGCGUGCAGGAUGGCCAGCUCGGGCUUCCGAGUGGAACGGGACACGUUCGGCGAGCUGAAGGUCCCCUCGGACAAGUACUAUGGCGCCCAGACGGUCAGGUCCACCAUCAACUUCAAGAUCGGAGGACCGUCGGAGAGAAUGCCGCUUCAAGUCAUCCAAGCCUUCGGCGUCCUGAAGAAAGCGGCGGCGGUGGUGAACAAAGACUACGGCCUGGACCCCAAGAUAGCCGACGCCAUUUGCCAGGCGGCGGAUGAAGUUGCGUCGGGCGAGCUGGACGACCAUUUCCCUCUGGUGGUGUGGCAGACCGGCUCCGGCACGCAAACCAACAUGAACGUCAACGAGGUGAUCAGCAACCGAGCUAUUGAGAUUCUUGGAGGGCAGCUGGGUUCUAAAGACCCAGUCCACCCCAACGACCACGUCAAUAAGAGCCAGAGUUCUAACGACACCUUCCCUACCGCCAUGCACAUUGCCGCAGCCACCGAGGUCCAUCAGGUCCUGCUGCCCGGCCUGCAGACGCUCCAUGACGCCUUGGCGGCCAAGGCGGAGGAGUUUAAAGACAUCAUCAAGAUCGGCCGCACGCACACUCAGGAUGCGGUGCCGCUCUCGCUCGGACAGGAGUUCAGCGGAUACGUGCAGCAGGUCAACUACAGCAUCCUACGCAUCAAAGCUGCCAUGCCCAGGGUGUACGAGCUGGCCGCCGGAGGCACGGCGGUCGGCACGGGCCUCAACACGCGCGUGGGCUUUGCGGAAAAGGUGGCCUCCACCGUCUCCGCCCUCACCGGGCUGCCGUUCGUCACGGCCCCGAACAAGUUCGAAGCCCUGGCGGCCCACGACGCCCUGGUGGAGCUGAGCGGCGCCCUGAACACGGUGGCCGUCAGCAUGAUGAAGAUCGCCAACGACGUCCGCUUCCUCGGCUCGGGGCCGCGCUCCGGCCUGGGGGAGCUCAUCCUCCCGGAGAACGAGCCCGGGAGCAGCAUCAUGCCCGGCAAGGUCAACCCCACCCAGUGCGAGGCCAUGACCAUGGUGGCCGCCCAGGUCAUGGGCAACCACGUGGCCGUCACCAUCGGCGGCAGCAACGGCCACUUUGAGCUCAACGUCUUCAAGCCCAUGAUUGUGAAGAACGUGCUCAACUCGGCGCGGCUGCUGGGCGACGCCUCCGUCUCCUUCACCCGCAACUGCGUGGCGGGCAUCCGGGCCAACAAGGAGAGGAUCGACAAGCUGAUGAACGAGUCGCUCAUGCUGGUCACCGCCCUCAACCCGCACAUCGGCUACGACAAGGCGGCCGCCAUCGCCAAGACGGCGCACAAGAAGGGCUCCACGCUGAAGGCGGUGGCCGUGGAGCUGGGAUACCUCACAGAGGAGCAGUUUGACCAGUGGGUGAAGCCCAGCGACAUGCUGGGACCCAAAUGAACAACACAAUAAAGGCACGGAAAUCAAUCACUUUUAUGAGUGUGUGGGGUCGCUGGGGGAAAUGAUUCAAGUGAAAUUAAAAAUGCCCAUCUAUACUUUUAAUCACAAGGGUUUAAUCCCUCACCUGUGUUAGUUUGAAGCCGAAACGACAAACGCGCUCAGAGGAGAUAGUUUUUGAAGGAAGGUGACCGGUUUUUACAAAAAAUUUGUUUUGAAGGGGGAAUAGCAAACUUCCUGUUGAUUUUUGCUGGGGGUUUAUGAAAUGUAGGUCUAAGUGAGACCUACAUAGAGGUUUUUGUUUCAUGUCUCUCCGACCUUCCCAGUGGGAGUUACAGGCAGUUUUGUCAGUUUUUUCAUCCGAGGAGCAGUUUUUUGUGUGUUUUAUUAAAAAAUUGCGCUAGAGCACAAUUUUGAGAUUUGGGGUUAGGUUUUUUUAUUAGAUCACACUUUUUGGCAGUCGUGAUGUGUGCGUUCAGUUUGGUGAGUUUUGAAGCAUGUUAAGGGGGUCAAAUUACAGCUCAAAGAGGCAAAAGUGUCUGUUUUUAUUACUUUUUUGUCUUGAAGGGGGAAUUGCCAACUUCCUGUUGAUUUUAGCCCGAGAAUGUACAAUUAUGAAAGGUAGGUGUAAGUCAGACCUACAUAGAGGUUUUUGUUUCAUGUCUCUCCGACCUUCCUAGUGGGAGUUACAGGCAGUCUAGUUUUUUUUUUCCUAGGGGGCGCUAGAGCGCAAUUUUUAUUUUUGGGGUUUGGUUUUUUUUAUCAAAAGGCAAUUUUCGCAGGUCCUGACGUGUGCGUCAAAUAUGGUGAGUUUUGAAGCAUGUUAAGUGGGUCAAAUUGCAGCUCAAAGAGGCGGCCGGUAUAAUAAUAAUAAUAAUAAAACCUUACAAAUUCAAUAGGUCCUUAUGUCCCAUUGCAUAAGGACUCCCUGUGGGAGUCCUUAUGCAAUGGGCCAUGCGGGCCCUAAUGAUCAUGACUGGGGAGGGGGGGUAAAACCAGAGGUCAUGCAGCUGCUCCACAGUCUGCCUGCUCCAAAAGUGAAGUGUUUUUAUGGGAUUAAUAUCACGUGCCAUCCUUAAUGGUCUCCAACUGGACUGUGGUUCACAGCAUUAAUAAACAAAGCAACGCCAA